ACCCGGGAGGAGGAUGGAGGAGGAGGAUGGAGGGGGAGGGGAUGGCGAGCCGUGCUCUUCCUGAAGAAUAGACUGUAGCACCGUGGCCGUUGUGCAAAGGCAGUCAGAUGUGUCAUCCAGCCAGGGGGAGUGGUGUUUCACAUCGCAGCAGGCAGGGCACGGCGAUGCUUGGAGCUCGCUUGAAGGAUGCUGGUGAUUGAUGCGAGCCGACCAAAACACUGGCUGAUUGAGAAAUAAGCCGGCGCCCAGCAGCACUCCCAGCCCCGCUGGUACUAGACGGCGAUCUCUCUCUCUCUCUCUCUCUCAAUCUACAGAAAACGUGGAAAAAAUGUAAAAAUAUGCAACUUGACUUGUGCGACCAAGUGGAAUACAGUGUCUCUAUUUUAGAAUUAAUGCCAGCAAGGACCCGGAUUGCUGCUGCUUUGGGAUUCAUUAAAAGUACUGGAAAUAUCUACAUAUAUAUGUCUUCCUUCGGCGCCUGCUUCGCGUAAUCCGGUCCACAUGGCGUGGAUUCUCAAACGUGCUCGUUGUCUUGUAGACUGGUAUCUCCUCAUGUUUUGAUAACACUCUUCUUGCUGGAAUUCUACAAGGAGAUAUUUUUAUAAGUUUAAAAGCCAACUCCCUGGGGCACUGUUGAAAGAGACAAUAUUUUCUUUUGUAGGAGCAAUGAUUCCAGUCACUGAGUUUAAACAAUUCACUGACCAUCAGCCUGCAUUUCGAGUACUGAAGCCAUGGUGGGAUGUAUUCACCGAUUAUAUAGCUAUCGCCAUGCUGAUGAUUGGGGUGUUUGGAUGCACUCUACAGGUAAUGCAAGACAAGAUCAUUUGCCUUCCGAAACGGACUUCACCCGAUAACCUGCGGACUGAUCCGAAUGAAACUCUGGUCAACGUUUCUGCCAAUAGUUACGUGCCUCCCACCCCAGUGCCGUCGCCCCCUGCCGCUUCUGCCGACGAGAUGAAAGGGCUGAAGACCAACCUGGACCUCCAGCAGUACAGCUUUAUAAACCAAAUGUGCUACGAGCGCGCGUUGCACUGGUACGCCAAGUACUUCCCGUACCUGGUGCUGAUCCACACGCUGAUCUUCAUGCUGUGCAGCAACUUCUGGUUCAAGUUCCCCGGCUCCAGCUCCAAGAUCGAGCACUUCAUCUCCAUCCUGGGCAAGUGCUUCGACUCCCCCUGGACCACCCGCGCCCUGUCCGAGGUGUCCGGGGAGAGCGCCGAGGAGAAGGGGGGCAAGGCCGGCGAGAAGAGCCACGCGGCCAAGGUUGCGCUGGCCACGCUGGCCGCGCUGCCGCCCAUGCCGCCGCUGCUGCCGGCGCCGCGCCUCUCGGCGGCCGAGGGCGACCUGGUGAAGACCCAGUCCUUGCGCUCCAUCCCCGAGAAGAUCGUGGUGGAGAAGCCGGCGGUCAGCGCCCUGGACCAGAAGGAGGGCGAGCAGGCCAAGGCCCUGUUCGAGAAGGUGAAGAAGUUCCGUCUCCACGUGGAGGAGGGCGACCUCCUGUACUCCAUGUACGUGCGGCAGACCAUCAUCAAGGUCAUCAAGUUCGUCUUCAUCGUGGUCUACAACAGCAUCCUGGUGUCCAAGGUCAACUUCAUGGUGGAAUGCGAGGUCAACAUCCAGGAGAUGACUGGCUACUACAAGUUUUCGUGCAACCACACCAUGGCCCACCUGUUCUCCAAGCUGUCCAUCUGCUACCUGUGCUUUGUCAGUGUGUACGGCCUGACCUGCCUCUACACCCUGUACUGGCUCUUCUACCGCUCCCUCAAGGAGUACUCCUUCGAGCACGUGCGGCACGAGACCGGGAUCGACGACAUUCCCGACGUGCGCAACGACUUUGCCUUCAUGCUGCACCUGAUCGACCAGUACGACCCCCUCUACUCCAAGCGCUUUGCCGUCUUCCUGUCGGAGGUGAGCGAGAACAAGCUCAAGCAGCUCAACCUGAACAACGAGUGGACGGUGGACAAGCUGCGGCAGAAGCUGCAGACCAACGGGCAGGGCCGGCUGGAGCUGCAGCUCUUCAUGCUCUCCGGCCUGCCCGACACCGUCUUCGAGCUGACCGAGCUGCAGUCGCUGCGGCUGGAGAUCCUCGGCCACGUCACCAUCCCCGCCACCGUGGCCCAGCUGGAGGGCCUGCGGGAGCUCUCCCUCUACCAGUGCUCGGCCAAGAUCCACACGGCCGCCCUGGCCUUCCUCAAGGACAACCUCCAGGUGCUGCGGGUCAAGUUCGACGACACCUGGGAGCUGCCCACCUGGAUGUACGGCCUGAAGAGCUUGGAGGAGCUCCACCUCCAGGGCUCGCUCAGCCCCGACCUGUCCAAGAACGUCACGCUGGAAUCCCUGAGGGAGCUGAAGAACCUCAAGGUCCUCGGCAUCAAGAGCAACCUGACCAAGAUCCCGCCCUCCAUCGCCGAGACCUCCGGCCACCUGCAGGCUCUGUGCAUCCACAACGACGGCACGAAGCUGGUGAUGCUCAACAGCCUGAAGAAGCUGGUCAACCUGACGGAGCUGGCGCUGAUCCACUGCGACCUGGAGCGCAUUCCCCACGCCGUCUUCAGCCUGACCAACCUGCAGGAGCUGGACUUGAAGGAGAACCACCUGAGGUCGGUGGAGGAGAUCAUCAGCUUCCAGCACUGCCGCAAGCUCACCUGCCUGAAGAUGUGGCACAACAGCAUCGCCUACAUCCCCGAGCACAUCAAGAAGCUCAGCGGCCUGGAGUGCCUCUACUUUUGCCACAACAAGAUCGAGGUCCUGCCCUCCCACCUCUUCCUGUGCAACAAGCUGAGGCACCUGGACCUGGGCCACAACGACAUCCGCUUCAUCCCGCCCGAGAUCGGCGUGCUGCAGAACCUCCAGGACUUCUGCAUCACGGGCAACAAGGUGGAGAGCCUGCCCGACGAGCUGUACUUCUGCAAGAAGCUGAAGGCCCUGAGGAUGGGGCGCAACAGCCUCUCCGUCCUCUCGCCCAAGGUGGGCAACCUGGCUCUGCUCAGCCUGCUGGAGCUGAGGGGCAACCACUUGGAGGCGCUGCCCCGGGAGCUGGGAGACUGCCGCUCGCUCAAGAGAAGCGGCCUGUUGGUGGAGGAUGCCCUCUUUGAUGGGCUACCCUCUGAUGUGAGAGAACACAUGAAGGCAGAGUAGGGCCCUGCCCGAGAGCGAUGCAUAACCCUGGCACACCCAACUGGCAUCUCCUCACCCUUCACUUCCACCCGCUCCACAUCCAGUCCCACUGCCAAUGUUUUUACAUCAACCUUGUAUUUUAUAACCCAUCGUUUUUUUAAAUAUAUAUGUGUGUGUGUGUGUGU